AUGCCUACAGGUGGAAUAGCUUAUUUUUUGCUCCUGAUCCUUGGAGCAACUACAGCGGAAGAACUCAACCCAUUUGCCAGAACUAGCCUUAGAAGCUCUGAAAUUCACUCAAAACUGCUUAUCGACGAUUCUGGGGCAGUCAAUCAACUUGUCAAAAAUAAUGAGACUGGUCCAGAAAAAGACCAAAAUACGACUGAAGAGGGAUCCUGGUGGGAAAACGAAAGAUAUUUAACAGCUGCUUGCACUGGUGGUGCAAGUGGAUGCCAAACUUGCAAAGAUGCAACAACGUGCGAAACUUGCACUAAUUCAGCUACUGACAUACCUGAUGAUGCAGGUGGAUGCACAGCUUCGACUAUUGAGCAUUGCAGUAUGGUUGCUAGUGGUGAUGGUGAUACUUGUGUUGCGUGCAUUGAUGGAUUUACAGUUCACGGUAGCGGUGCAAGCUGUUGUGAUGAUAAAUGCAGUACUUGCGGUACCAGUUCAUCGGAUUGCACUGCAUGCAUAGACGGAACACAUAUGUCAGCAGCUCCUGACUGCGAAUGCCCUGAGCACUCAACUCUCACAGGAUCAGAUUGUGUUCCAGAUAACGGAUAUUACUUUAGUGAUGCUACCACUUGUGCUGAAUGCGACCCUAAAUGUGAUACAUGUGACACUAGCGAUGGAACUUCUUGCACAGCUUGCACAGAUACAACUCAUACGUCAGCGGCUCCAGACUGCGAAUGCCCUGAUCACUCAACUCUCACAGGAUCAGUUUGUGUUCCAGAUGACGGAUAUUACUUUAGUGAUGCUACUACAUGUGCUGAAUGCGACCCUAAAUGUGAUACAUGUGACACUAGCGAUGGAACUGUCUGCACAGCUUGCACAGAUACAACUCAUACGUCAGCGGCUCCAGACUGCGAAUGCCCUGAUCACUCAACUCUCACAGGAUCAGUUUGUGUUCCAGAUACCGGAUAUUACUUUAGUGAUGCUACCACAUGUGCUGAAUGCGACCCUAAAUGUGAUACAUGUGACACUAGCGAUGGAACUGUUUGCACAGCUUGCACAGAUACAACUCAUACGUCAGCGGCUCCAGACUGUGAAUGUCCUGAUCACUCAACUCUCACAGGAUCAGUUUGUGUUCCAGAUGACGGAUAUUACUUUAGUGAUGCUACCACAUGUGCUGAAUGUGACCCUAAAUGUGAUACAUGUGACACUAGCGAUGGAACUGUCUGCACAGCUUGUACAGAUACAACUCAUAUGUCAGCGGCUCCAGACUGCGAAUGUCCUGAGCACUCAACUCUCACAGGAUCAGUUUGUGUUCCAGAUAACGGAUAUUACUUUAGUGAUGCUACCACAUGUGCUGAAUGCGACCCUAAAUGUGAUACAUGUGACACUAGCGAUGGAACUUCUUGCACAGCUUGCACAGAUACAACUCAUACGUCAGCGGCUCCAGACUGCGAAUGUCCUGAUCACUCAGCUCUCACAGGAUCAGUUUGUGUUCCAGAUAACGGAUAUUACUUUAGUGAUGCUACCACAUGUGCUGAAUGCGAUCCUAAAUGUGAUACAUGUGACACUAGCGAUGGAACUUCUUGCACAGCUUGCACGGAUACAACUCAUACGUCAGCGGCUCCAGACUGCGAAUGUCCUGAGCACUCAACUCUAACAGGAUCAGAUUGUGUUCCAGAUAACGGAUAUUAUUUUAGUGAUGCUACCACAUGUGCUGAAUGCGACCCUAAAUGUGAUACAUGUGACACUAGCGAUGGAACUGUCUGCACAGCUUGUGCAGAUACAACUCAUAUGUCAGCGGCUCCAGACUGCGAAUGCCCUGAUCACUCAACUCUCACAGGAUCAGUUUGUGUUCCAGAUAACGGAUAUUACUUUAGUGAUGCUACCACAUGUGCUGAAUGCGACCCUAAAUGUGAGACAUGCGAUAUUACCGAUGGGACUUUCUGCACUAUUUGUAUAGAUAAAACACAUAUGCUUGGAAUUACUGACUGUGAAUGUCCAGAACAUUCAGGACUUUUUAAUGGCAUUUGUAUACCUGAUGAUGGAUAUUUCUUUGAUUCGAAUACCUCUUGUGCUGAGUGUGAGCCUCAAUGUGCUACUUGUAGUACUACAUCAGGCUCAACUUGCACAUUGAGCUGCAGCUCACCAUGUUCUGAAUGCCAAAAAGGCUCUACCAACUGCAGAGCAUGCUUAGAUGGGUUUUACUUGUCUGGAGAUUAUUGCCUUCAAUGCACAAUACCCAAUUGCGAAGUUUGCCAAAGUGCUGAUAUUUGCAAAUUUUGUAGUACAUCUUAUUAUUGAAAUGGAACAAACUGUGCUCCAUGUGGUCAAAACUGUUUAUUCUGUAAUAAUAUGCAAUGCAUUAGUUGUCAGAAUCCUUUUAUCAUGAGCCAUAAGCUAAAAUAAUUUAAACUCGAUAUGAGGAAUUUUUUUAACUUUGGGAAAUAAUUAUUUAUUUAAUUAUUUGGUAUUCAAGUUUGUUUAAUUUAUAUCCUAAGCUUUAAAUGAUGAUGCCGUAUCUUACAAACCCAGAAAAUUGCGAAUGCCCUCAGGGCUUUUAUAAUAAUAAUCAAAUCUGUACUGGUAAUAGCUAUUUAGCAUGUCCAGAAAGUUGCACAGAAUGCACUUCAUCAAUAAAUUGCACAUCAUGCAAAAACCAAUUUUACUUGCAUGAUUAUGGAUAUUCUGUAAAUUGCACAUGUAAUAAUAAUUCAGCCUGCGAUCAAUCAACUUAUUUAUGUGGAAAUCAUUUAGAACGAACCUGCAACAAGACUUCAGUUGGGUUUGAGCUUGAUUUUCACGAAGGAAAAAUAAUGAUUAAUUUUGCAGCAAAUUUAGGAAGGAUUCUUCAGAAAAACAAUUUUAUUAUCAAGUAUGGAGAUAAUAAAACAUAUAAUACCUCUUCUAGCACCUUGGAAUCGAUUGAUAGUAUGCACUAUUAUAUUCAAACCACGCUAAGUGAUUGCGAUUUGCCAAUAAAAGUUGAUCUACGGUUUAAUUUCGUAUAA